AUGGCAUCACAAGAGCAUCUACAGCAACUUAUGAAUGACGAGACUGAUGAUUCCUCCUCUAACUCGUCGGCAUCCAACAUCGCUGGAGGCGACACCGAAUCCGCAAUUGCAGAACCCGUCACGACAACUGCGAUCACGCCCAAAUUCAAGCUUCCUGCGCCCAACCAUCCACCCGCCAAGAAAAGAGUGAAGAUAUCACUGAAACCGUCUACUACGCCCGUGAAAAAUGAUGAUCUUGAGGACGAAGUGGAAUUUCCAGAUGCCAAACCCUCACUUUCAAUGGCGGCCUCCUUUCCGAAAGUACCGGCACGACGUCGAUCGCAAUCUCCGACACAAAGACAACGACUCAACAAGCGAUCACUACCAACAAAACAGAAGGCUUCUCCUCCGAAAAAGGAAGUAUCAGAACGGGAAAUCGAAGCAACGAUUGUUGACAGUGAUGAUGGAGGCGACGAUGACGCAGUGGCCACAGCGAUUGCGGAUGAACCAACGCCGACGCUUGUGGCCAGCAGUGAGAGAAAUCAACAAAAGAAGAAAUCGAAUUUGCCGAACUAUCGCUCCUUUCGAUUGCCACCCUUUUCUUCUCCAGGUUUACUUGUCCCCAUAAGUCAUGCCGUAACCAUGAUCAAAGGAAAGCCUGCUGGCGAUGAUCCUUCAAACUCUGCGUCGUCUGGUGGACUCACUACUAUGGGAUCUGUUUUUGACCAGUACUUGACAAAAUUGGGCUACACAGAGGAAACAAGGACCAAAAUACCUCACAUUGGAUCAAGUGUAAAAAGGCACGUGGGGGAUAUGUUUGAUAGCAACGUUAAGUUCACCACCCGGUUUCCGAAGCUUAUACCCGAAGACUUGAUUCCAUCUGCAUCAAAUGAUAUGGACGACAAUGAAGAAUCCCGUUUCUCCCUUGCAGAAAGACUAAUAUCUGUUUUGGAGGUGGAACCAUCUGAACCAGAAACGAUCAGUAACGAAACAAUCCAAGAGUCAAAAGCAGCAGCGAAGGACAACCAUUCGGAGGCCCCAAGAAAGCGACAAAAAUUGAAGAGCUGGAAAGAUAUGGCUCCACUUUCACUGACGCUCCCCUAUCCUGAAUCAUUUGUUCGAAAACAGCUCGAGUAUGUCGAUGAAGUGAACAAGAGAGAGUCAGCCAUUCUCGCCUACAAGAAGGAAGUAGAGACAUUGGAACGUGAAAAUCCUGAAUUAUUGGAAGAGAACUCGAAUGCUAACCAAGAAACAAAAAAGAAGCCAGCAACGGUUGUUCCCCCCAUUCCAAGACCGCCGUCACCACCACAUCUGUCGGACUUGGCAACUGUUGAAACUAGGGAAUUCAAUGAUACUGCACACCCGAUAUAUUUACCAAAGUCGAAAGAACUGCUUGCUCACUUGGACAAGGAUUGUUUUCAUAUCUCGGAAGGCCGUUACUUUGGUUUGUCCUCCAAUGUAAUCGCUGAUCCUCACUUUGUCGGGCCAGUAGCCCCUGGACUGAAUGGGUUGAACUUGACUGCAAGUAAUGGUCUGGCUACUGCUCCAGCAGGAGGUCUAAAUAUGGGGAGCUUACCGAGUCAAUCCUCAUUGCCAAACACAUCCGUAAACAAAAGCGGCAGUGGGAAGAAAAGUGCAUCACAUUCACAAGCCGUAUCCAUACCCUCCACGACGUCGAAGAAAAAGAAAAAGAAGCCUGCGAUUGCGCUACCAUUGAGGCCAAUGUCCCUCAUAAAAAAUGCUGCAGCCACGACAACGCAAUAG